AUGAUUGAACACGGUGAUCAAUUCAAAGAAAAUUCUUCAACUUCUUUGACAGGAAAAAACGAAACCGGUUUUCAUGAUGUUAAUGAACCGGAAGUUUCAACAGAAUUGCGAAACUCGAUUACAAUACCAACCAUUUCGAAUGAAUCCUCAAAUGAUGCGCUUGUUCCUCUUAAAUUCGAGCCAACUUUUGAAUGUAACGAUGAAGGAAUGGAUAGGAAUGAUCUGUUGUACAGCGAUUAUUUCCGGGAGGAAGCGGAAGAAUCAUUUAAUCCGUACGAUUUACUGAUGCGAAUGCAUUUUCCGAUGAAGAAGAAAAGUCGUGCUUUAUCACAAUUAGAAAAAUUCAAAAAUUAUUGGGAAAAUUAUUCAUUCUAUGCAAUAUGGCGUAAAAAAUUUAUGGAAGAUCAUAGCUGUCAAGAAAAAGAUUUAUGGAAAGAGUUUUUCGUAGAAUCAGUACCUCAUUUAUUGAUCAAUUUAUUUCUAACAUCUUAUGUUAUUGGUGGCGCUGUUGCAUUUCAACUAAUUGAUGAAAAUAUAAAGCGUGAAAAAUUUUACAACGUUAUACAAUUCACCUUUACUACCAUUGCUACCGUUGGCUAUGGUAAUAUCGUUCCAACAACAGAUGCAAGUAAAUUAUUUUGCAUAUUUUAUACAUUAGUUGGUGUACCGCUUCUUUUUUUAUCACUAACAAAUAUUGGUCAGUUUAUUGCCGAAGCUUAUUGGAUUUUUCUGGCAUCACUACAAAGGACCCAGAACAUCGAUGCACCAGAUGAGCGUCGUUUACCGUUACCGAUCGUUGUAACAUUGUUACUAACACAUUCAGUUAUCGGUGGAUUAUUAUUUCAUUUUUGGAUUGAUCAAAUGCCAGUUAUUCCAGCAAUUUAUUUUAGUUUUGUUUCAAUUACAACAAUUGGUUAUGGCGAUAUAACACCAACACCAAAUGAUGCCAUUCAAACAUUAAUUAUUGUCCUUUAUCUCGCAAUUGGAAUGGUAAUAAUGUCAACAUUUAUUGCUUCACUUUAUAAUUACCUCCGAAGGCUACACUAUUUAGGACGUAGUUUUAGUGGAGCAGCUCAUGUUGAAGUAUGGUUUGGUGGUACUAAAAUGUCUGUUUCCGAAUUACUUUAUAUUGUUGCAGAUGAAUUUAAUGUUUCACCAAAAAUGCUUUAUGAUGUAUUACAUGAUUUGGAUGAUAUAAUUACGGAAGCAACAGAUCCGAAAAUAAAAUUAAACAUUGAAGAAAUUCAAAAUCGUCGUCAGAAUCGAAUAUCACGUUCAGAAAAUCGUGAAAUACACGAUUACAAUGGUAUACGAAUGGUAGAGGUCAAAGAUUCGUUAAAUCCCGAAAAUACACAUGUAAUGAUAAAAACUGAUUCAACCAAAUACUUAAACAGAAUUCCGGAAUAUCAACGUGAAAAUGUGAUGCAAGCACUUGGAAUGUUUCAUCAUGUGGUGAAGACAAAAUCAAAUUUAACAAAUAAAAGGCGUUCUUCAUCUGCCUCAACAAAGUUGCACUUCGUCAAUAAUCAACCAUUUGGUGACUAG